AGGCAUUUCGAUGUAUUACGAUGUCUAACAAAACGAAGCAUAGCAAUUUAUUCACAAAUUUAGAGGACUAUGCGUUAUGAUCCAGCGGAAAUGGAUAUUGUAAAACUCUGAAAACAUAUUCUUUAUCAUGGAAAAAUCAAAAUUAAAUGAAAGUAGUCAGAGUUAAUUACCAUAAAAGAUAUUUCCUCAUGGAUAUUUCUUUACCAAGACUGAUGACCUCGCGUUAGAUCAUCGCGCAUACGAAUGAGUCGUUACGUAGGAAAGCGAUUAAACGUAGAUGUAAAUUAUUAUAUCUUGUACUCUCUCUUGCAUAAUGUAUUAUGAACAUCAAAAGAUUAAUAACACUGCGACAGUUGAAAGAUAGAUUAAUAUAACAUAUAUUAUUUAUUUAAAUGUAAACAAAUUCUAAUGCCUAUUAAAUUCUGUAAAUCAAGACUGGACAUUAAGGAAUGUAAAAUAAUAUAGAAAUUAAUGAUUUAUCGUUUCUAAACAGCUACAUCGAAUACUGUGCUCUAUUGCACUAUAUGUAUAUACAUAUAUUGCAUACCGAUCAUUCACAUCUCUGCAAUAAUAUAUAUACAAAUUUACAUCAUGCAAGAAUGGUACAUCAAAUGAUCGUUCACCUGUCUCUAUAGUAACAAAAAGUAAAACAUGUCCAUAACCUAAAGAAACACGGAAUUGUGCGAAUACAACUACAAUUUGUAGUAUCAUUCUUUACUGUUUUAAAAACAAUGUCAGCAGAAAAACGUGAGGAAUCUAUGCGGGAAACUGCAUUACGGCUCGCUAUAGAAGAAGAAAACAGACGCAAGACUGAUCCAAAUGAAACUCACGAACGAUCCAUUAUUAUCCUUGGCAGUAAAGGAAUUGGUAAAACAACAAUGGUAUAUCGAUUUCUUGAAAAAGACGAAAGACCAAAACCGACUAUAGCAAUGGAUUAUUCAUUUGGUCGCAAAACUGUGAAAAGUUUAGUGAAAAAUAUAGUGCACGUGUGGGAAGUGGGUCACUUGGCUUCUUCUUUAGUAUCCGUCGCAAUGACCGGAUUUACAUUAACACAUUCUCCUCAUCAUACUGUGAUAUUGAUAAUGCUAGAUUUAUCGCGACCAGAAGAAUUAUGGACUUCCUUCGAAGAAACCCUUUCUGUACUACGAAGCGGUUUGAAAAUGAGUUAUGAUUCCGAUACGAUUCAAAAAUUACGGGAAAAAAGAAUAACAAAUAUGAAAAAAGAUAUAGAACGCGGAAUUGAUCCGUUCCCGAUGCAGAUGUGUAUCUUAGGUGGACGAUACGAUGAAUUCAAGGAAUUUGACUCGGAUAAAAAAGAAUUUAUUGGCAAGAUACUGAGAGCGAUAGCUCAUAAUUUGGGUGCAAGUCUUUAUUAUUAUUCGUCUAAAGAUAAAUUUCUCGUACGACGACUUAAAGAUCUAUUAUCUCACUACGGAUUCGGUUCUUCAUUUACGGAGGAAAAGUGCACAGAUUAUGAGAAGCCAUUAAUGAUGCCGGCGGGCGCGGAUUCCUUCGGACGAAUCGAUUUGCAGUUUCCUCAAACGAGACCAUCAUCGGCAAUUUUAGACACCAUCAAACAAAUCUACAUCUCCCGCAUACCGCAAGUAUCGAAGAGCGACGAAAGUACUUUGGAGGAUCCCAGCAAUGAUCCUAACUUUAACGAGCCCAUUAUCGAUAGACUGAGAAUGCAGCGGGAAGAGGAGAUCAGUGUACUACUGAGUGAUAUGAUGGAAGGUCGUAUGCCGAAAAUUCCUGUGCCUGAUCCGAUUUAAAGAGUAUAUCUAUUUUCGCUGAGCAUCCGUUGCGUUUUUAAAAAGAUAAGCGGAAACGAUUAAGAUAAUUUAGCUAAGAUAAUUUACAAUAUAUCUAUCUAGAGUGUAAUCCAUAAUAUAUGCAAAAUUAAUAAAAAACUAUUUCAUUCGCGAUUAUGUAUGUAUAAUAACGAGAUACUUUCUUUCAAAAUUACAAAUCAGUGAAGAUUUAACUAAUUCUUUACUAUAAAUCGUUUGCGUUGUUUGCGAGAGAGAAGAAAUUUUAAGAUAAAUAUGUCUAGCGAGUUUAAAAUUUGCACCUACGGCAACGUUAUAAACGUUUCCUCUUCUAUUUCUCUCUCUGUUGCAGCAAAACUGCAUCAUUUUCUCCUACAGUCAACGUUUAAAGAUAAGAGAAUCAAAUAGCCGUGACUAAAUCCGCUUCUCGAGAGUAGAGUAAACUGAUAAGAGAAGAUUUGUAAUAUCUUUGCUUAAAAAGAAAUGGCAAUAUAAUAUAAAAGAGCACACAUUA